AUGCCCGAGACCGGACAGGACGCCCCCGGCAGCCAAGCGCCGCCGCCGCCGCCGCCGCCGCCGCCCCCCAAGGAGUCCCCCUUCUCCAUCAAGAACUUGCUCAAUGGGGACCAUCCCAAGGCGACCCCCAAGCAGCCCCGGCCGCUCUUCCCGCCCGUGGCUAAGGGGGCUCUGGAAGGGGCCGGCUUCGCCCUCUCGCAGAUGGGAGACCUCGCCUUCCCGCGCUUCGAGAUCCCGGCUCAGAGGUUUGCGCUGCCUGCCCACUACUUGGAGAGGUCCCCUGCCUGGUGGUACCCCUACAGCCUGACCCCCGCGGGAGGCCACUUGCCUAGGCCGGAAGCUUCGGCGGACAAAUCCCUCCUGAGGGACUCCUCACCGGCCUCGGCCGGGACGGACAGGGACUCUCCCGAGGAGCCUUCGCUGAAGGCCGAGCGAGAGGCUAAAGAGCGGGAGGCCAAGAGCCCGGAGGAGAUCGUGCUGGAGGAGAGCGACUCCGAGGAGGCCAAGAAGGAGGAGAGCGGCGCCGAGGACUGGCCGCGGCGGGAGGCCGACGAGGGCGCCGAGAAGAAGCCCUGCCGCAAGAAGAAGACGCGCACCGUCUUCUCGCGCUCGCAGGUCUUCCAGCUGGAGUCCACCUUCGACCUGAAGCGCUACCUGAGCAGCUCCGAGCGCGCUGGCCUGGCCGCCUCGCUCCACCUGACCGAGACGCAGGUCAAGAUCUGGUUCCAGAACCGGCGCAACAAGUGGAAGCGGCAGCUGGCCGCCGAGCUGGAGGCCGCCAACCUCAGCCACGCCGCCGCCCAGCGCAUCGUCCGUGUGCCCAUCCUCUACCACGAGGGCGCCGGCGCCGAGGGUGGCGGGCCCGGCGGGGCGGGCGGCGGCGGGGCGGGCCCGGCGGCCGGCAGCGCGCCUGUCAGCCAGCCGCUGCUCACCUUCCCGCACCCGGUCUACUACUCGCACCCCGUGGUCACCUCGGUGCCGCUCCUGCGGCCCGUCUGA